UGUGACAGCCACAGCGACAUAAGGUCAAAUACAUGGCAAUUGGCAGCUGCAAUCUCUCACUCUCUUUCUGACUCGUGGUUAAACAAAACUGCAAAAAUUUCAGAAGAUUUGGGGAUUUGGGGUUUUUAAUAAUUACAAAAAUAUAAUAUAAGACAUGUGCUUUCAGAAUCUUUCCAUCACUCUCUUAUCAUAUAAUGGAGGAGCCCCUUGCUCUCAUCAAUAUCAUCAUCAAAGUGUUCUUUGUUUGCUACUCAACUAUUGCUCUUUAGAUUCAUUACUUAUUUAAAUGUUUUCUUUCUUUAAGAGCUACUUUCAAACCCUUCAUCAACAAACAUUUUCUUUUCUCUGUUUUGUAAAAGACAACAAAAACUAACUCAAGAUGCUGCAGAUUACUGGUAAGUACCGGUCAAGAUCAUCGCGCCGGUACCAAAAGCUAGGUCAUCAUUACGAGAAGGCGACGACAAGAACUAUAAGACAUAACUGGGGGAAGAAGAUCGAGGGCAGGUCAAAAGGGUUCAGACUAAACCGACCAAGGAAGCUGGUUCUUAACGCAUUGGUUUUACCAAGAAGGAUCUCGAGCAUUUACUCGCGGGUCAAAGAUAAAUUGAACAAGGAAGGUUUCUGUUCCAAUCUCAUUCUCUUUUCUCACUGGGGCUUCCCUAUUGUAUUAGAGAAAAAGCUCACAUUUUGACGUUGGUGACUUCGUAUGGACCAAAAGAUUUCACAACAAGGGGAAUAGUGAAAUUGUAACAAAAUGCUAUUUGUAGUCAUGAGCAAAGGUUGAUAAAGAACUAUUAUAAUAAGUCAUAUGAUCCUAAAUUGUAAAAAAAAUUGUUUAGUAAGAUUUCUUUAAGCUUAUUUUGCAUUUUAACUAAAAGUGUUUUUUAUGUUUCAAAAACAAAAGAAAACAAAGUUUUUUUUUUAUCAAAAAAGAAGUAUAUAUGACUCAGAGAGAUUCCACACGAGUAUUCUUGUCACACUUACUAAAUGAACUAAAGUCACGAAUCAACCAUGCAUCAACUAAUCACCACGACGCUUAUACCAGUUUAGUAUCAACUCCUAACAUUCAUGAACUUUUGUGAGUUUCACUUUCCUACAUAGUAUAUAUAAAUUCGUUUUCAACGUUAUAUAAUUGAUAACAAGUGAUUAUUUUAUCAUCGGCUACUAUGAGAUCUCUCUUCCUUACAAUAUCUCCCUUGUUCUUCUUCCUUCUUACGAUCCUUGCAUCCACAGUAACCGAGCCACGUCCAACUCCCAUACUAAGACACGACAACCAAAGCAGCGACCUCGUCUCAGCCAUUUCCGACAUGAGAAGAGAAACUUACUACGGGUUUGUAACCCUUCUCCACAUCCUCAACGACACAGAUUUCUUCAGGAGCCAAGAGAUCACUUUCUUGAUGCCUAACGACGAGGACAUAUCUCAAGCGGACAUGACUCGAGAGAGUCUUGAGACGUUCAUCUUAAGACACGCGAUCCCUGCAUGGCUUAUGAUCAACCACAUGCUUCGCUUCCCUAACAAAACUCUUGUCCCUUGUAGCAUCCCUGAUAGAAUGUUCACCAUUACAAAGUCAGGCGGGUCGGGACUUUUUGUGAAUAAUGCGAGGAUUGUUUCUCCUAAUAUCUGUCAGAACUCUCGCAUAUCGUGCCAUGGAAUCAGCAAUGUUAUUACGUUCAAUGAAGACUCGUUUCCAAAGGGAAGGUUAUCACCCAAAAUGUUAUAAUCAAGAAUCAAUUCAUCGAGGCACUGAAACUUCCUUCUCGUGUCUCAUCAACUUUGGACGGUGUGAAGAUGUUCUAAUAUGCUUUUUAAGAAAAUAAUAAGAGUAGUAGAUUUGUCAAAAAAAUCAUGUAACAGAGCUGCAGUGUGACCAAUAAACUCUGGACUGUGUUUUCCUUUAUGAAGAUCAGAUUCAAAUUA